AUGUUCGCCUCCUCAAUGAGGAUUACGAAGAUUUCUUCGAGUUUUUCAUGCGUUUUCCGCAAUUUUGCAUCAGUUAAACACCCAAUUGGUGCUCAAAAUUUAGUCGAAUCCAUAGCAGUAACAGAUGAUGGAUCAACAUUUGUAGCAUGGCACCCCAAAACGCAGUUUCCGUAUGAAUUCAGCAAACCCAUCCCGCCACCAGUUGUUCGGGACAAUUCAUCCCUUUUGAAGGAUAAUGCCAUCAACACAGCAAUGCAGGCUUUCAAGGGGAAGCACGCGGAAGUUGCUCGUGAAGAAUUGAUGCGAAUCACGCACACCACCAAACACCGAUGGUUCCCAAGAGCUCGUGAUAAAAAGGCUAAGAAGGAUACUCCAAUGGAUAGGCCGUACUUGUAGUAGUAAUUAAACUCUUGCAUUGUUAAUGGUAAUAAUAAAAUGUAGUUCCUCUUUA